CCCCACGCCUCUCUCUCUCUCUCGUACAAGGAAGCGAAAUUCACUACAGUAGUAGGUAUCUGAACUCGGUGUCAGACUGCCUCGCCAGGUUGUCACGAUGCUUCCGUACACAUUUCGGGCGCUUCUAUUGUCCCUGGCCUGCCUUGCAGCAUCUUCAAAAGAUUCCACAAGCAAGUCAUCCUGGUUGCGUCACUGCGAGCAGGACACUCCCUUCCCAGUCCAAGGUAAAUUAGAAGGGAACAUCCCUGAAUGGGUGGAAGGACGCCUCAUCCGAGUAGGACCUGGUGUGCACCAUAUUGGAAAUACGUCCUACAAACACUUAUUUGAUCCUCUGGCUUUGCUGCAUAUGAUUCAAAUCCAAGAUAGACAGGCAACUUACACUUCAAGAAUCCUUGAAAGUGACACUUACAAAACAAAUAUGAGGGAACAACGCAUAGCAGAGACAGAAUUUGGGACAGCAGCUUAUCCUGAUCCUUGCCAAACACUCUUUGGGAAGUUCUUUUCAUGGUUUGAAACUCCAAAGAUGGGUGAUAACUGCCUGGUUAAUGUGCUGCAAGCUAAAGAUCAGCUGAUCGUGAUGACAGAAACCGAUACUGUUCGAGUGGUGGAUCCUAGCAAUUUACAUGUGAUAGGUGAUGGUGUAAAAAUUCCAGACUUUGUACCUGUGCAGAGAGCAAGCGCCCACCCCCAUGUUGGAACAGAUGGUACCAUUUACAACUUAGCUCCUACUAUCACAGAAAAAGGACCAGGUUAUUCAAUUAUCUCUCAUAAAGAGGGAGUUCUUAAUGAAGCUUCAUUAGAGGCCACUAUUCUUGCUCGUUGGAGAUUCAACCCAGGUUACAUGCACAGUUUUGCUCUUACAGAGAACUACUAUGUUUUAUUUGAAACACCUCUGGCAUUGAAUGCCCCAACAAUGCUUGCCUCCAAUUAUCUGGGUACAACUCCUGAGGAGAGUUUGGUAUGGUAUUCAAAUGAAAACACACGCUUUAGGGUGAUCAGAAGAAGUAACGGUGAAGAAGUUAACAUCAAGUUUAUGUCUGAGAAAUUCUUCACGUUCCAUCAAAUAAAUGCUUAUGAAACUUAUGAUAACCUACUGGUGGUUGAUGUUUGUGCUAUUUCUUCAGGAGAGGUCAUCAAAAGCUUGUACCUAGAAAAUAUUGGAAAACAGGAUUCAGACCCAACCAAACUCAAGUUUGAUUCCAUAGCAGCUAGGUAUGUUAUUCCUCUGACCAGUAUUGAGUCUCUACCAUACAAUGAAGAGCUCCUGAAUGAAUAUAGUGGAAUUAAGAUAUACCCAGAGGACACAUCAUUGCCAGUCAGAUCACCUUCUGCUGUGAGAACUGGGGUUGAUGAAAUAUUCUUGAGAGGGGUAAAUAUAAAUGAUAUGUUCCUGGAGAUGCCCAGAAUAAACUACAAUCACAAUGGGAAAUCAUAUCGGUAUGUCUAUGGAGUUGGAACAGCAACUGGCAGUAUUGAUUUUACCUCACUUAUUAAAUUGGAUGUUUGGACAGGGAAAGAAUUAACGUGGAGUGAUCCCAACUAUUUUGUUUCUGAACCAGUGUAUCUACCUGAGCCUAGCAAGGAUGGUGAGGAUUCAGGAGUUAUUUUAACUCUUUUGCUUCACAAAGAGGAACUCAAUCAUACGGUCCUUCUCAUCCUUAAUGCCAAGGACCUUACUGAAAUGGCUUGGGUUCAUUUCACCAUAAAUGGUCCUGCUACACCUACAUUCCAUGGACAGUUUGUAAGCUUUAAUGAUGAAGUUCAUGGUUACUGAUGAAGGCAGCAUAAAGAAUAGAUGGCUACAUGUGCAAUAAGCAGUUAAAGAUAUGCAAAAAAUCUUGAAUUUCUCUUUCUAAUACCAUAGCACUACUAUGUAACUUACCUAGGUUAGUGUCCUAAUAAUUAUACAAUUACUUUUAUAACAUUUUUGCUGUUAUCAAGAUUAAAAUAAUACUCCAA